AUGGUGGUUGUGACGCAAAUCCCACCCCCAGUGACUACCAUUAAAAAUGAGCCAAUAGCGAUCGUUCAACGUGGAGCGUGGAGCGUGUGUCGGGGGGGUGGAGGUGAACCCAGCCCAAACCGUUAUAUACCGCGCCACACCCAAGCCCGAGCGCCAGUCUCAGGCUCUCUGCCUUCAGCAGAGCUCCUCGAGGCAGCGAGCUUCCACGGCCCGCCAGCCAUGGAGUUUCCGCCCGAGGACCACCAGUGUGGGCCCUACUGCGUGAGAGCUUGCACUUUGGAUGUAAGACCUGCAUUUGAGCAGGAUGGAGGGCCAGAAGACAGAGAAGGCUACUUGGUGCAAGGAGGUCGUCUGGCCUUCGUGGGUGGCGUGAAUUACGUGAACCUCCUCAGCCUCGGCUACUGGAACCAAGGAGUCGUCUGGAACCACCAGGGUCACAAUGGUGGUGGCCAGGAGCCGGAGCAGCAGCCAGCUGAGGAGCCAGCUGAGGAGCCACCGGAGGAGCCAGGCGUAGUGGCGGCUAUGGUCCAGGUGCAGCAGCAGCAGCAGGACCCGCCGCGCCGUCGCAGGCAGCACAGGAAGUUCACGGCCAUGCAGCUGCGGGAGUUGGAGGAACUCUUCCAGGAGACUGAGUACCCGGACCUUCUCACCAGACAGGAGAUUGCGAGACGCUUGGGUGUGAGUGACACCAGAGUGCAGAUUUGGUUUAAGAAUAAGAGAGCCAAGAAUCGGAGAAAUGAGAGAGCAGCCAUGGCUCAAGCUCCACCACCUGCUGCCAUAAGGCGCCUUUACUUCUUCCUGGCGGAUGUGCCCUAAGAUCUCGUCCGGGUUCUGGAGCCAUACUGGAGAUGGGUUCUUCUGGUGCCACUGACACCUGGGCUGCCCAUGCUGCCCAUGCCACCCAUACCUCCUCUGUACUUGUAUAAGCAAUAAAGAGAUAAAUUCUCAAUA